AUGGGUAGCACACAAGACUCACCCGUCUACUCAGUCCCGACUGAAGCGCGCCAAGUCUUUGAGCGCGGCAUCCUCGACAAUCCCUUGAUCAAACCCUACCUGCCACCCAAUUCCGCCCAGCUCGCCUCCAAAAUUCGCUUCACCGGUACCGACAACCCCAGCAUACCUAUUCCCUGGCGCUUCGCCGAGUCCGUCUCAGCUCUGAAAGCCUAUGAGGCUUUACUCAUCAAUGCCCUCCUGCAGCAGAAAUAUGGGCAAAGCGAGCCUGUGGAAGUGAAUAUCAGUACUGAUCAUGCACAGCUGUUCUUCAUGUCUUGUCUAGUGUGGAAGAUGGAUCCGGGAGAUGGGAAGGCUGGACUAGUCACUACAUCAAACCUGACAGGGGACGCGAAGGAGCGAUACGGGAGGCUGUUCAAGAAUUGUGACUUGCAUCGGGCUACGGCGAGUCUGCAUAGGAUUGCGGCGACGAAUAUCUACCGGACGAAAGAGGGGGGGUUCUUUCAUGUUCACGGCUCAAUGAACCCCGACCCAACUCUCACAUACCUCGGCCUCCCACUAGACGGCGAUGCGAAGACACCAGAGGAGGCCUGGGGCCCGAUCCAGGAAGCCGCGCUCAAGUACACUCGCGACGAGCACCAAUCCCUCGCCGACAGUAAUCGCCAAGCCGGCACAAUCUGCCACACGAUCGACGAGUUCCGCAACAGCGAGCACGGCAAAGCUAACGCGCACGUCGGCUUGUUCGAGAUUCAUGAUCAUGCAUCCGCGAAAGCGAACCCGUCCUGGUGGCCUGAGUCUACCUCCGUAACCCUAAAGACAUCGGCAAAGCGCCCACUGGCGGGUUUGAAAGUCGUCGAUCUGACCCGCGUGAUUGCGUCUCCCGCCGUAUCGCGUGGUCUCGCAGAGCUGGGCGCUUCGGUGAUGCGCAUAACCUCGCCGAACAUCACGGAUAUGAGCUCCCUGCAUCUGGAUCUCAAUCAUGGGAAGUGGAACGCCCACUUGGAUCUCAAGACCGCUGAAGGCCGAGAGAAAUUACGCGCGUUGAUCCUCGAUGCAGACGUAGUCGUGAACGGCUACCGCCCAUUCGUGUACGAUAAAUAUGGCUUCGGCGAGGCGGACAUCCUCAAGAUCGGUGCGGACCGAGAGGCGGCGGGCGGUAGAGGCAUCAUAUACGCACGCGAGAACUGCUAUGGUUGGAACGGGCCGUGGAAGCAUCGAAGUGGCUGGCAGCAGAUCUCGGACGCGAACACGGGAGUGAGUGUUGAGUAUGGAAGGGCGAUGGGGUUGGCGGGGAAUGAGGCAGUGACGCCGGUGUUCCCAAAUUCUGACUACUGUACGGGGAUUGCGGGCACGUGUGGGAUCUUGACGGCGUUGAUGAGGAGGGGGGAGAGGGGUGGGAGUUAUACUGUGGAUAUCGCCCUGAAUUACUACUCAACCUGGCUCAUCAACUCCGUCGGCACAUACCCGCCCGAAGUUUUCAAACAAGUCCACGCCCUCCACGACAACCUCUCCUUCCGCCAUCAUCACAACAUGCAGUACACCCUACCACGAAUGAUUGCGUCGUUACAGAAGAAUUGUGGAAAGGUGUUGUUCAACCCGGCGCAUUUCACGACGUAUUCUCCGAAAGGUCUGAGCGCAAGGAGUGGUGGGAAGGAAGGGAAGGAGGUGAAGGUGACGAUCGUGAAGCCGAUUUUGCAGUUUCCGAAUGGGGAGGUGGAGUUGAAGUGGAAUGUGGGAACGAGGGGGAAUGGGGUUGAUGAAGCGAGAUGGCCGGAAGAUUUGGGGAUGGAAGUUGUUGGUUGA